AUGUCUCUUGCUGUUUAUUCCUUAGAUGAUGUAUCAAAACACAAUACUAGACAAAGUUUAUGGUUAGCUAUUCAUGAUAAAGUUUAUGAUAUCACUGAGUUCAUUUUAGAGCACCCUGGUGGUGAAGAAGUCUUAUUUGAUGAAGCAGGUAAAGAUGCUACUGAAGCAUUCGAAGAUAUUGGUCACUCUGAUGAAGCCCAUGACAUGUUGGAAAAAUAUUUAAUUGGUACUUUGGACGAAGCCUCUCAAAACAAAGAACGUAAAUUCAAUGUUAUUCGCGCUGGUGAACUUCCCGAGACUAAAAAAUCAGUCGCAUCUUCUCUUCGUGUUAUUUUGCCCGCUCUUGCAGUUGUUGGUAUUAUUGCUUACAAGUAUUUAUUUGCUCCUAAAUCUCACUAA